AUGGGAUUUUAUCGGCAGAAAAUGGAAGUGGCAAAUUAAUUCCAAUAUAAUAAAAUGGAACUGAGGGUGCUAGUGUACGGAGAUUUCAACAGUCCCACAAAAAGGUCAUGAUGGCCGCUCUCAGGCUUCCAUCUGUUAAUGCUGUAUUGAAGUUAAUGCUGUAUCGAGUUAAAUGUUUGUUGUAGCGUCGAAAACAUCGCGCGAAAAUAAUCCGGAAAUCGAUCUAUACAUCUUGUAUACCAUCAAUAAGCGAAUUAAUCAGGAGAAAUCGCAAUGUCACAGGGAAGAGGAAGGAGAAAUCGCAGACAUCAUGAUAAGGAUAAAAUCAAUCUCGGCGACAGAGGCAGGGAAAUAGUGGAGGACAUAAACGAAGAUGAUCCUGUGGUUCAACAAUUUCGCGCGUAUGCAACUGAACUGGACGCUAAACAUGAUCGUUAUGAAAGAAUCUUCAAGAUCAAUCGAGACGUGGGCAUCGAGAGCAAAAGAAUUAUCUUCUUGUUACAUACAAUUGAUAAGGAAAGCAAGCGAAAUUCUGUGCUGGACGUGGCCAAGAUAAGACUGGAUAACGUAGCACAGAAAUUAUUUCGAAAUGUCGCAAACGAGUUGGACGGUCAGGAUGCUUAUCAGUUUCACAGGGCUUAUCGUGCCGGUUUGGAAGAAUAUAUAGAGGCCCUUACAUUCCAUGAAUAUUUACAGAACGGUGGCAUACAGAACUCAACUGCUCUGGAAAGAUCACUAACCUAUCACACAACUUCAACUCCAGUUGAUACUCAAGAACAAACUACAUCCAAGACGAUACAAGUCAUGAUCACGCCAACAGAUUAUAUCUUAGGAAUAGCUGAUCUGACUGGAGAAUUAAUGCGAAAGUGCAUUAAUAACUUAGCAAUAGGCGACGUUAACAGUUGUUACCAAACAUGUAAUUUUGUUAGAAAGAUAUACAUAGCCUUUCUGGGAUACACCAGUGUAGUGUAUAAUAAUGAGAUAAACAAAAAAAUUGUUACGCUCAAGCAUAGCCUGACCAAAAUGGAAAACGCAUGUUACACUAUCAAAGUGCGAGGAUCAGAAAUACCUAAGCACAUAUUAGCCGAUGUGGCUAUCGCGGCGGCUGAAGAAUAUGCCACUGAAGAUGAUGAAGGAUACCAAGCAUUUUAAUAUAAAUGUUUUAAGAAACGACGAUUAACUGAAAUUAUUUUUUGUUAUUACGAACUUAUCGAUCUGAUGCAAAAUAAAAACAGUCAAGUAUUGCAUUAUUUCAAACUAUUCUGAUCUUGACUCAAUUUUUAACGCUCAAUAUUUUUAUUAUUAUAUAAUUAUUAUAUAAUUUUAUAAUGUACCAAAUUAUAUUAAAUAUUAUUUAAAUAUUAUUUAAAAUAAAAAUUAUAUUUUUAGAA